AUGGAGAAAGAUCGUUGUCUAAACAUUACCACCCUUGCGGCAAAGGACAUCCGCUGGCCAACGUCACUGGGGGCUCACGGCUCCGAUGCUAUGCAUACGGAUCCGGACUACUCGUGUGUUUAUGUGACGAUCUCAACGGCAGAAGGUCCUACCGGAUACGGCAUGACGUUCACACUCGGCCGUGGGACGGAUAUCGUCCUGCUUGCCGUUCGUUCGAUGAAGCGCUUUGUCGAGGGUCGCACGACAGCUAGCAUUUUCGAACGUUUUGGCCAGUUCUGGCGUGAAAUAACGAGCGAUUCUCAGCUCCGAUGGAUCGGACCCGAGAAGGGUGUCACCCAUCUGGCGGUAGCAGCGAUCGUCAAUGCUCUGUGGGACCUUUGGGGUCGUAUCCGGUGUAAACCCGUGUGGAAGCUGCUAGCGGAGAUGGAACCAGAGGAACUAGUAUCAACGAUAGAUUUUCGCUACAUCGAAGAUGUUAUUACACCAGAAGAAGCCGUAGCAUUUCUCCAUGAAACGAAGGCCACACGGAACGAGCGCAUUGAGUUCUUAGUAAAAAAUGGAUACCCAGCAUAUACUACACAAAUAGGAUGGCUUGGGUAUAGCGAUGAUACGAUACGCGGAUUGUGUCGUAAGUAUUUAAAGGCUGGUUUCAAAGCUUUCAAAACGAAAGUAGGCCAGGAUUUGCAGAACGAUAUUAAACGUUGCCAAUUGAUACGAGACGAAAUCGGUUGGGAGAAUCAGUUGAUGAUUGACGCCAACCAAACGUGGAAUGUCCCAACGGCUAUCGAUUGGGUAAAGAGCUUGAAAGAUUUUAAGCCGCUGUGGAUUGAAGAGCCCACAUCUCCGGACGAUGUGUUAGGUCAUGCCAAAAUCGCAGAAGCAUUGAGAGAACAUUCAAUUGGGGUAGCGACAGGAGAGAUGUGUUGCAAUCGCGUGAUGUUCAAACAAUUCAUGCAGGCUAAUGCGCUCGAGUUUUGUCAGAUUGAUUCCGCUCGUAUUGGAGGGAUCAAUGAAAUAUUAUCCGUCUAUUUGAUGGCCAAAAAGUUUAAAGUGAAAGUGUGUCCUCAUGCCGGUGGUGUCGGGCUAUGCGAAAUGGUGCAACAUUUGCAAAUGUGGGAUUAUUGCUCCGUGUCGUGUACAAUGGAGGAACGCAUGAUAGAAUUCGUCGAUCAGCAGCACGAUCAGUUCGUGUACCCAGCAGCGAUCAACGAAAAGGCAUGCUACAUAGCACCAAGAGAUCCUGGAUAUUCGACGGAGCUAAAAGAGGAUGCAAUUCAACAGUUUGAAUAUCCAAAUGGAACGGAAUGGAAACGUCUGUUCGAUGAAGCUAUUUUCCUGCGAGAAACUUAUUAACAAUGUUUACAGUUUAAAAAAAUAUUUUCAAAGUAAUUAUAUUUAAUCUAGGUUAUUUGAAAAUCAUCAAAAUAAUUUCUAAC